AUGUCGUUCGGGGUGACAAAUGCUCCUGCUAUUUUCAUGGACUACAUGAACAAGAUAUUUCGACCGUACCUGGAUCAGUUUGUUGUCGUGUUUAUUGAUGACAUACUGAUAUACUCUAAGAGUCGAGAUGAACACGCAGAGCAUCUGAGAGUGGUGCUUGGAAUUCUCAGAGAGCAUAAACUGUAUGGGAAGCUGUCGAAGUGUGAGUUUUGGUUGGAUAAGGUACAGUUCUUGGGCCAUGUAAUCUCAGCCCAAGGCAUAGUAGUGGACCCAGUAAAAAUUGAAACGGUGGUGAAGUGGGAGAGACCGCAGAUAGUUACUGAGGUGAGAAGCUUCUUGGGUCUGGCGGGUUAUUACAGACAAUUUGUGGAAGGGUUUUCCAAGAUGGUGAGUCCAUUGACUCAACUCACUAGAAAGGACCAGCCUUUCUCUUGGACAGACGAGUGUGAAGUCUGUUUUGAGGACAUGAAGAUGAGAUUGACCACUGCACCGAUACUAGCUAUUCUUGACACAACCAAGACGUUUGAGGUGUACUGUGAUGCUUCAUACCAGGGCUUAGGUUGUGUAUUGAUGCAGGAGAAACGGCCUAUUGCUUAUGUGAUAUGA